AUGAAGUACCAGCAGAUCUCGGUUGAUUUUAUAAGCAUGGUGUACACCGCUUGUUCGUACUUGGCUCUCGCUGGAGUCGUUUGGAUAUUCUUACGACUCAUCCAGGCGUGCUUUUGGUUACCACGCCAUCUGAAAAGACAAAAUAAUGUCCAACGAAUGCUGCAAGACAAGAUGGAGGGCUAUGAGAAGUACAUUUUGGAAUGCGAAAGAAGAGAAAAGAUUGAACAAGAAAUGCAAGGCGGGGAUGCCAAGUGUGAUCCUGAGCAAGCGGAAAAAUGGAAAGAACGAAGAGAAUGCCUGGAAAUGUUGAAGAGGGAAUUAAGUAAGAUUCGCGAUGGCGGUGAUAAUUCACAAGACUGGGACUAUCUUCUGGAAGAUGAUGAAAAGAAGGAAGCUAGUAUAACAGAAAUUCAAGAUGACGAAAUUUCUAUAGAUGAACCUAAUGGUAAAAUAAACGCAAGCACGAACGUGAUCGAACAAGUAGCCAAUUCGGAGGAGAAAAAGGACAAAUAAUUAUCUCUGUAAGAACGUAACGGCAUCUAUGAUAACAGAUUGAAGAUGUUCUAAAUCUUUUUAGUUCCUACAAAUCGUAGAUAAAGUCGUAAGAUUUAAAGAAUUUGUUUCGAAGUAUUUAAAAAAUAUGCAACGAGAUAAAUAUGUGUACAUUUCAAAACAGACAGAAGAAAUAGUAAUUAUUAAUUCUGUGACAAAAUUUUUAACAAUUUUGUUUUUCAAUGUAUUGCUGUUGCCGCGGUCAUUUAAUAAUUAAUAUCAUAAACAGUUUUAAUCUUAAUACGUUUCGUCCACAUAUUCACCUACGAGGCACAAGAAUUUAGUAAUUAAUACAUAUUAAGUGUUUGAUUCUACCUAUACUUAAUUAUAUUUGCAACGAUAUACGAGUAAAUGCAUUGUAUUGUACGUACCUAAAUAUACAAUUUUUUCGAAAAAUUACCUGUUGUCACGAAAAUGUAAAAUAAGUGCAUAUAUAUUAGAAACACAAUUCAAAAUUAAAGUUCAAUCUAUUACAUACACGUGCCUCUUUAAAAUUACAAUGUAAUCAAGGGAUAUAUCGACUUUUUCAAUCAUUAGCCUACAGUAAUUUAAAGAAUUCAUUUAAUUAAUUUAUAAUAUGACAAAAUUAUUAUAUUAUAAUAUAGAAGAUGUAUUACGAUAUUAAUAAUUUUAAUAUAUUUUUGUUAUAUUUAUUAUUAUUAUUAUUAUUUAGUGCUGUACACGUAUUGAGACUUUAAAGAAGUGUCCUUAUAAAAAUAGAAUAGAUAUAUUCUUAAAGAUGACUGAACACAUACACGAAAAGCAAAUGAAACUAAUAUAUUUAAAAAAUCGAAUUUAUAAUACCUAACAGAGUUAAUUUAUCGAAAUAUUACAUAUGGAAAGAACAAUUAUGAUAUUUUUGUACUGGAUUUUUAUCAAACAUAAUGUAAAGUGUAAACUUUAUAAUAUUUAUAACAAAUAUUUAAAGUUACCAACUCUAACCAGGAAAAUGAAUUGAACUGAAUAUAAUAAUAUAUAAACUAAGUGUGAUUUCGUAUGCAACUAAUGCACCGUAUUUUUUACAUGCAUGUACAUCAACAAAAUCCUAUUUAUUGUUCAGACGUGUUAUACAUCUAUGUACGUAUCUUUGUAUCGUUUGAAUGACAAAAGUAAGAACACCAAAUAUACUUAAUAUUAAUCUUGAAA